AUGAUAGAAGAUAAUAAUGGUGAACAAGACCACGCCAUAUAUUACACAGCGGAACCAGAAGUACCAAAUCCGAGUUUAGAAGAGAUACAGUAUGCAAUCCAAACUCUAAAAAAUAAUAAGUCUCCAAGAGAGGAUAAAAUUGUUGCUGAAUUACUGAAGUUAGGAAGACAAAACCUAACAAAAAACUUACAUAAUCUAAUUCAACAGAUAUGGACAAAGGAAAAGAUACCAAAAGAAUGGAAUGAAUUGAUAUGUCCAAUUUUCAAAAAAGGUAGCCGAAAUAAAGUCGAAAAUUAUAGAGGCAUAACACUGUUGAAUUCUGGAUAUAAAAUACUAUCAUUAAUUAUACUUAAAAGAUUGCAAAUAUACACAGAUGAGAUAGUGAGAACUACCAAAGUGGAUUCAGGAAAAAUAAAUCAACUACUGAUCACAUAUUUGUCAUAA